AUGUGGUUUCUGUUUGCUGCUGCACCCUACGCAGCUGGUCUUGUUUUCUUUCUCUUUAUAUACUUCCUUGCAGUUCCUUAUGUUGAAUACCUUCGAGAUCCCAAGGGUCUAAGAAAAUACCCCAAUCUCUCCCCUUUCUCUGGGUUCUCUGCAAUUCCAUUCAUGCUGCUUGCUGGUCGCGGGUUUCGAUCAAUGGAGCUGAUGGAAAUGCAUAAGAAAAGCCCAGUCAUCCGAACAGGGCCGAACCAACUAUCAUACGGAGACGUCCGCGCCCUCAAGGAUAUCUAUGGCCAUAACACCAAGUGCACAAAAGAUCCCUCAUAUGUCAUCACAGCCGGGACCCAUUAUAACCUAGCAGAUGUCGUCGACAAGCCAGACCAUGCUCGUAAGCGCAAGGUCCUUUCCUCAGCCUAUGCACUGAAAAACCUCGAGACCUGGGAAUACAAAGUCACAGACAAAGUCCAACGGAUGUUCAAACACUUUGACAAAGUCUGCACGGAACCUGCCUCGGAGGAUGUCACAUCAGGAAAAGUUGCACCGGCCAAGAAAGACCUCUCACUCAACUUCCGAGCCUGGGCCAACUUUUUCACCCUCGACGCUAUCGCCGAUAUUGGUCUCUCAGAAAAACUCGGUUUCCUAGACCAAGGCUCAGACAUGUGCGUGGCCGAACGCAAAGACGGCUCCACAUACGAGACCAGCCUCCGCGACGCUCUCUACCCAACCGCCCGCAAACAAUCCUACAUCCUGUGGGACUAUGGCUGGUACCCGGUCCUCAACAAGCUGGUGAACGUCAUCCCAUUCUUUGGGCGAAUGCAGACCUCAGCAGAUAACUGGGAAAACAUCAUGUGGCGCCGCGGCAGCGAGAGACUACGUCGCUACGAAGCCGGCGAAAAACUAGAUGACUUCUUCCAGGCUCUGAUGGAAGACAAAAAUGGAAGUCCCAACAACCUCGAAUGGGGCGAAGUCGUCGCCGAGUGCAACAUCAUGAUGAAUGCUGGUAGCGUUACCACCGCCAUCGCCAUCACCAACGUGUUGUACCAGCUGCUUCGCAACCCCGAUACAUUGGCUAAGCUCCGCGAGGAACUUGAUGCUAUCCUGGAUGAAGAUGAGAUCGUCGCGGACUAUGAUAAGAUCAAGCACUUGCCCUACCUGCGCGCUUGUCUAGAUGAAUCUCUGCGCAUCUUCCCCCCGACUUCACAUGGCCUCCCUCGCGCGACGCCACCGGAGGGGACGAACAUUCUCGGCGAGUGGGUUGCUGGUGAUACAUCAGUCAGCAUGUCUGCCCUGGUGGCACACCGCGACGAAGGUGUAUUCCCCAAUGCGGACCAGUACAUUCCCGAGCGGUGGUUAGGUGAAGAGGGCAAGGCAUUGCAGCCGUAUCUAGUUGCGUUCUCUGCGGGCGCUCGAUCUUGCAUUGGUCGUAAUAUCUCAUACCUCGAGCAGACUAAGGCUAUUGCUUCAAUUGUGCAUCGUUAUGACUUUGCUCUUGCUUAUCCUGGGUGGGAGUUGAAGAGAGAAGAGACUAUGAAUUUGAUUCUGGGUGAUAUGCCUGUCAAAAUAUGGCGGAGGGGCAUGGGGACUACUGGGGCAUAG